AUGACAAGUUCAUUAAGACUACCUAAACACAGUUGGACUAAAGAAGAAGAGGCAGGCCUAGUCGAGUGCCUCGUAGAGUUAGUCAAUGCUGGUGGAUGGAGGUUCGACAACGGGACCUUUCGUCCCGGGUACUUAAAUCAGCUGGAGAGAAUGAUGACCUUUAAGAUCCCCGAUUGUAAUAUCUAUGCUUCACCGAACGAUAGCCGAAUCAAAUUGAUGAAGAGAAUGUUCCAUGCACUUGCGGAGAUGCGUGGCCCAACGUGCAGUGGUUUUGGGUGGAAUGAUGAACAAAAAUGCAUCGUCGCAGAGAAAGAAGUCUUCAACGAUUGGAUCAAGGUGCAUUACUAG